CCCCACACCCACAGCAAAACCCAAACGACUUGGCCGCCGCAGUGGGUUCCAUCGGCAGAUUUUCUCGGGGUGAAGACCUGAAGCCUUAUUUGUACUUUGCUGAAGGGUGUAAGAACGGCAGUAGCUGUAAGUUCGUUCAUGGAGAUGCAGCUACUACCGUUCUUACAAAACCCUCCAGAAUGGUGGAAAUUCAACAGCAUUUUGUCAGCCUUUGAAUGAAAACGAGUGACAUUAUUUGGAGGAGCUGAAUCAGAAUUUCCAUCAAAUGUAUAUGUUUGGGGGCUUGCUAUAUAUUAUUGCAUUUGAUAAUGUAACUAUCAUUUACAAGCAACAUCUGAGAUACACAAGGUAAACUUCUUCUUAUUAGAUUUACCUUCCUAACGUUUAAAGACAAAGGUACCAAUGCCAUUGUACGCUGUAAUAAUAAUAGGUAGAAGUGGAGCAACAUAAUAUAUGUAGUGGAUCAGCAGCUUUAAUGCGUAUUUUUUAUCAUUUCAACUAAAACUUUGCUUAUUUUUACUUUUACAUAAAUUAUUUUUUUACCAACAUCAUAACCUAAUUAGUUAUUAUGUACCGUUGUGAGCAUCUAUUGUAACUGUCUAUGAGAAGAUGCAUGCAAACACUUAUCAAAUGAUAGUUGUAAGAUUUAAACCGACAUAAGCCCGCGGGUAUCUUUGAUAAAGCAAUAGAACCAAAAGCAUAAUAAAAACAUAAAAGGAAAACAAAAAUCACAGAGCGAAGGGUUUCCAGAGUAACAGCCAAUAUUUCUCUUUGUAGUCCAUGUCUUGAAGUAUUUUCAAGACCCAAACUUAGCCCAGUGGAGCCUAUAAUGCUGUAGAUACAAAACACCCUCUUUAUGAGAUUAUGUCCUAGGUGGACCCACUUAACUCCACUCGUUAAGCAAGGGAUAAAGUGGGUAGUGGAUUAGGUGCAAGUUCCUUUUAUAUGGGUGGAGAGUGUUAACGCAGGACAAAGUAGACGGCACUUCCAAAUGGCAACUCCGGUGAAAGUGCAUGGCCCCCCAUUGUCUACUGCUGUGUCUAGGGUCUUAGCUUGUCUCAUUGAGAAAGAUGUUCAAUUCCAGCUUAUUCCCGUUAACAUGUCCAAGGGAGAGCACAAAAGUUCUGAUUUCCUCAAGAUCCAGCCCUUUGGUCAAGUACCGGCAUUUCAAGACGAAAGCACCUCCCUGUUUGAGUCACGGGCGAUUUGUAGGUAUGUAUGUGAAAAGUAUGCAGAGAAGGGGAACAAGGGAUUGUAUGGGAGCAACCCGUUGGCGAAAGCUUCAAUAGAUCAAUGGUUGGAGGCAGAAGGGCAGAGCUUUAACCCCCCAAGCUCAGUUCUGGUAUUCCAACUUGCAUUUGCACCCCGAAUGAAGAUUAAGCAAGACCAAUCCUUGAUCAACCAAAACCACGAUAAGCUGGCUAAAGUGCUGGAGGUGUACGAGAAAAGGCUAGGAGAAAGUCGGUUCUUGGCCGGGGAUGAGUUUUCAUUGGCAGAUCUUUCCCACUUGCCUAACACACAUUAUUUGGUGAAUGCUACUGACAGGGGUGAGCUCUUCACUUCCAAGAAAAAUGUAGGGAGGUGGUGGGCUGAGAUUUCCAGCCGUGAUUCCUGGAAAAAGGUAGUUGAUAUGCAGAAGCACAGCAGUUGAUACAGCCUUGCUCUGUUUGCUCGCCUUUUCCUACAUGCUACUCUUAUUGUUGAACUCUAUGAGGGAUUUGCUGUAAUUCCUUCUUGUUAUUGCCUUUGUUGUGUACUUUUGGAGAUGAUGACGUGAUUAAUGUAUUUGGUUUUGAGAAUCCGAGAUAUGAUAAAGCUAAUUUUAUUAAUAA